AUGUUCCUCUUCACAGGAACUGAUGCUAAUGCAAAGAGGAAAAUAGAUUUCCUAGUCAAAUCCCUAAACGAUGAGUUAUUGGGAGGUUCAAAUUUAUCUGACAUAAGAAAUCUUAACACCACAUCCAGGUUCCAGCUGGGUGGUCUAGCUGUCUUGGGCUUCGAAGUUUCGAAUGAUUUAAUCAAAUCAUACUGCAUAAUGUAUUCUCACAAAUCAGGUGCACAGAAGCGGAAAGAAAAACAGGCUAGGGAAGAGGCUGUUUCAAAGUGUGCAAGAACAUUAUUUGAAGUGGGUGUUAAGAAAAUAGACACAAUAGACACUAAUGUAGAAGAACAGAAUAUUUUGCCCUCAUCCUCAGAGUCAGACCCCUCAACUUCACAGUCAUUAGUCCAGGAUGCCCAACAGGAAGCCGAAUCCGAUGUAAUAAAUGCAGAACCCAAAGACACUGAACAACAAAGAGAUAUAGGUUUGAUCCCUGAUAGGCCAUCUCGAGUGCAGAUUGAAGAUUUUGUUAGACAGGGCCCUCAGCCAAUACCAAGUCAAAUUGCUUCAGAUGAUAAGGGUAACAGUUUCCCUUAUACAGUUUUGAAAGUUCAGAGACCAAAUGGUGAAACUGGAAAACGAGAUUGGCUAGUGAUGUACACAACAGCCAAAAACACCUUCAAAUUUGGCUUCAUGUGGCAUUCGUCAUGGAAAAAACUUUAUAACCGCAUUCCAAAACAUGAGCAUACAAACUACCACAAACAGUGUUAUCUAGACUGGCGUCAGUUAGAAGCACGUUUGAAAGAGGAAUCUGGAAUUGAUGAUCAGUUACAGAGAUCAAUUCAGUCUGAGAAAAGUAAAUGGAAGCUAAUUCUAAAACGAAUCUUUGAUGUUGUACUGACUUUAGGAGAGCGAGGCCUUUCAUUUCAAGGAGAGUCUAGCAUGAUAGGUGAUACAAAUAAUGGAAAUUUUCUUGGUAUAAUUGAGCUGCUUUCUCGUUUUGAUCCCAUUCUUCAAGAUCAUGUAUCUAAAGUGAGAGAAGCUCAGAAGGAUGGGAAGCGUCUUCAGGCUCAUUAUCUUUCCUAUUCGUCACAAAAUGAAUUCAUUCAAUUAUGUGCCGAAAAAGUUAAAGACUGUAUUCUUAAUGAGCGUGAUCAGGCCAAAUAUUAUUCAAUAAUGGUUGAUGCUACCCCGGGUAUGUCACAUACUGAACAAAGUACAUUCAUCCUGAGAUACCUAACUUGUGAUGAAUGUGGUAAAUACCUGAUACAAGAGAUUUCUUUCAUUUAUUGA